AUGAAGAGGAUGAGGACCAUAGGCUGCAUUCUGGCGGCAGCCACCGCAACGGGAGGAAAUGCGACCCCCGCUCUGCUGCCGUCAAAUCUGUUGGAGGACACCGGAUCGACGGUGAGCACCGCAUCGAGUACAAUGUCGAGUACGGUUAGCACAGAGUCGACGACGGCAGCGCCGACCUCACCGCCAUCUGUGAUGUCUGGUGACGAUUACAUGGCGCAGCUACCGUUUUCAGUAGAGGUGGUGACGCCCAAGUUUUCUUUGAUCGGGACGGAAGGCGGGUAUGCAGCGGAAUAUUGUGCAGGAGAUGCGAUGGCUGUAAUAAUGAAGGUAUUAAAGAUGGAUGAGGAUGCGUUGAGUGGUCUGCUGGGUGCUCAGGCUGAUCUGAAAUCGUACACACGUUCGGGUGCAACUUUGCGUGAUGCAUUGACGUUUGUCGGCGACUAUGUGGACCGGUUGCACAAAGGAAAGAACCUGACGCCUGAUGGUGAGCAGCGACGAGUGAAGAUGUUCGGGCUACCAUACCUCAUGCCGGCGGACAGUUUAUUACCUUCGGAGCAGAUCCGAAACCUUCUGGGAGCCCACACACUGAUGGUUCAAGGUGGUCGGAAGUAUGGUGAGCUUUUCAAGCUUCACUCUCAGCUGCCUAAGCACCGGAAGUAUGAGCUAAUAGACACGCUUAUCAAUCACUCUAAAGAAAAGGCAGUCGAAGCACAGGAACACACGCUCAUGGCAAAAAUUCGGAAUGUGGUCGGCGACGCGGCCGAUCGCCUUUCAGAGUUCAUGGGUCUAGACGGUGACGACGAAGCAACUACGACGGAAGGUAAUACCUCGGUGGUUGGUUUUGGAGACUCCGACUUGAAGAGCGGCAUCGAGCCGUAUGCCAUGGACGUGUUAUCAAUCAUACCAGAUCAGUUAGUGGCAUUCCUUUCGUCUCGAGCCGUAGGCGAAUUGUUGGGGGUGAUAUUGCAAGAUAGUCAUACUGGGGGGGUGUCAGCAGGCGGCAAACAGAACUUGGGUACAGCGAUAUGUAGAGGCAUAGAAUUCGGGAUGACUUUGGAUCCUUUUCCGGAAUGGACGGCGUGUGCAUUACCUUCAGCCAUGUUAGCGUUGGUCGUCUGCAUGUACAAAGACUUUACCCUGGACUGCACCAACUACACGGUUGGUGACCCGAUGUUGGAUGUGUGUGAUAAAGUGGAGCAGAAGGAAAUAAUGGAAUUGACCCCUUUUCUGCCGAUGGAAGAUGCGUUGGAUCUAGAUGCAAUGACAUACACUAACUCGGGAUUGGCUGCGGAAGGGGAGACGUUGUUGAAGCUGCAGAUCGCGUUGGCGAGACAGGGUCUGGCGGCCUUCCAUCACCAGUGUACCAUCCCUGUGGAUGACCCGUAUUUGGUCAAGGACAUGGCCCCUGGUUGGGACUUCGUGCACGAAGUAUGGCUGAAUGAAGAAUCGUCCACACUCACGGCAGGCACACCGAACAAGUACGUGCCCUUCACGACUAUCGGGAUGAAAAAGAAGACAGGCCAAGCAGGUCAGGCGAACGAUGGGACUUGCGAGUUCUUGACUAGCACUCGUGGAACGAACGGAAUUUUCGAAUGGUGGGCGAAUGUGCAAAUGGACAUGAUUCCGAUACCCUAUUCCCUAGACGCAAAGGCGAAGGCCCAUCGAGGUUACACAGUCCUCUCCAGCUCCGUGGCGGACUCGCUGGUACGUUACUGGAACAAGAACCACUUCGAGCUUGACGACCACAACGACCCUAACUGGUGCGACCCUGCGAAGACCACACUCUGGUUCACGGGACACUCGCUCGGGGGCGGCAUGAGCAACAUGCAGUCGUUGGCCACCGCACUUCGGCUGAAGCCGAGCUAUCCCGAUCUAACUAUCUUCAACUACGCCGCAGCGAGUCUAGCUGUUUACAACAAGGAAGCGCUGGACAUGCACAACUCACUAAUCAACGCACGGAAUUUCCGGUACGACAGAGACAUGGUACCCGGUGUACCUUGCCAGAACACGGGCAUCCAGCGCUGCAGUCCCGCCGAGUAUCCAUCUGGGUUCCAGGGGACAGGCGUCGAAGAACCGGUUCAGUACAAUCCGGGCCAAGUCAUGCUGCGAAGUAAAGAAGACUUCGCCGAUUUCGACCCCGAACAUCAGUGGUGGUUCAAUGAUGACUGGUUCUUGCCGCAACGAUUGGCGCUGGCCGUCGUACCCAUCCUCAUGCCAGGCAUGCUUCAACUCAACAUGUCCCACAGCUGCAGCUAUCGGUGCUUCCUCACAUCUCGCUUCUGUUCGGACUCACCUUACAAACACACAAUGUGCUACAGAGGACCUCUCGCACUCGACGACAGCGCCUGCUGGAAUGAAGACGUCUCCAACUACGUCAAGGCACCCGGCGUAGGAGGCGGGGAUCCACCUGCCAUCAACCGUCAAGAUGAAGCUUACCCCGGCUAUGUAGCAUCCAUGAACUGCACCUAUAACGCAGAAGCCGCCAAGUACAUCUCUACUUGCGAUUGGACUGCCGGAAUCAGCCUGGAUCUCAGCAGCAUCCUCGGUUAG